AUGAGCUCAGCGCUAUCCAUGCCAGUGCCAUUCUCUGAACCCCCUUGGCUCAACGGUCUGCCAUCACCUUACUACAACGAAUCUCACGGGAAAUGGCAGAAAGCAUGCCGCGACUUCAUCUCAGAGCACUUGGCACCACAUGCACUACAAUGGGAGACCGAAGGAAGCGUCCCUGUUCAUGUCUUUGAGACCUUUUCCAAGCACCAUAUGCUCAUUCCCAAUUUGCCCGCACCACUGCCAAUUGCUAUGCUAAAGAGUCUCGGCAUCACUGAGCUCGCAGGGGGCCUCAAGAUUGAAGAUUUCGAUUAUAUGCACUUCUCCAUCUACAUCACUGAAAUGCGCAGGAUGGGUAUUGGCGGUCCGGCUUCUUCCUUGUCCACUGGUAUGGCCUACGGCAUGCCUCCCAUCAUCACAUAUGGUAGCGCGGAGUUGCAGAAGACGUUACUUCCGGAUCUGAUCAAGGGGAAGAAGAGGAUCUGCAUCGCCAUCACUGAGCCUGACGCCGGUAGUGACGUGGCCAAUAUCACCACAACAGCUGAGAGGAGUCCUUGCGGAAAGUUCUAUAUCGUGAAUGGAGAGAAGAAGUGGAUAACAAACGGCAUCUGGUCGCACUAUGCUACCAUGGCCGUUCGUACAGGAGGCCAAGGAGCUUCAGGUCUGUCGCUUCUUGUAGUUCCACUACUCGACUAUCCAGGAGUCACCAUGCGCCGAAUGAAAACAAGCGGUGGGACAACAAGCGGCACCACCUUUAUUGAUCUCGAGGAUGUCAAAGUUCCGAUUGAGAAUUUGAUCGGUCAGGAAGGUCAGGGUAUGAAGAUGAUUACUCGGAACUUCAACCACGAGAGACUUGCAAUCUCUAUUGGUGUUGUCUCCUCAGCCAGAGCAGCUCUUUCAGCAGCUUUCGCAUAUGUUCUCAAGCGCGAGGCCUUUGGAAAGCCUCUAAUGGGCCAACCAGUCGUCCGCAAUCGCCUAGCCAGGGCUGGUGCAGAACUCGAAUCGAUCUCAGCCUGGACAGAGCAGUUGGUCUACCAGCUGUCCAACCUUGAGGGCCCAGAUAUGCGUCAGGGUCUGGGAGGUCUGGUUGCACUGGCGAAAGCCAAAGCGGGGCUGGUCGUUGAUGAAUGUGCUCGCUGUGCAGUUCUGCUCUUUGGAGGUAAUGGCUAUACCCGUACGGGGCAGGGAGAGCUGGUGGAGAAGAUCUAUAGAGAGGUACCAGCUGCAAGGAUCCCCGGAGGAACUGAAGACGUCAUGUUUGAUUUGGCUAUUCGUCAGCUUGUCAAAGCGUAUCAGUCAAAGACGAAGGCACUGAACGCGGCAAAGCUUUAA